AUGGCUAAUUCCGGUGAGCCUCAACCAACAGAAACGUCAGUGGAGAUACCACCACAAGCUCCUGCUGCUGCUGCUCAGUCAACCACUGGCUUGGAAGCUGAGGCUGAUGACCGCCUCGAUGAUAAUGACUCUUCACUAGGCGAUGACGAGAGUUUGGCAAGUUCGAUGACGUCCAUAUCGUCGAGUAUUUUGAAGCAUCGCGUGGAGAAUGGCAGAACGUAUCAUGCAUACAAAGAUGGCAAAUAUUUAUACCCAAACGAUGAGUCCGAAAAUGACCGUCUAGAUCUCCAACACCAUAUUUACAGUUUAAUGAAUGGUGGGAAGCUGUUCACUUGCCCUAUUGCUAAGGACAAGUCUAUCCAUAGAGUACUCGAUGUUGGAACCGGCACCGGUAUUUGGGCAAUGGACUAUGGGGAUGAACACCCUGAAGCAACUGUCUUCGGAGUUGACCUCAGCCCCAUUCAGCCAACAUUUCUUCCACCAAAUGUAAUAUUCCAAAUCGACGACAUCGAAGAACCCUGGGCGUAUUCCCAGAAAUUCGACUUCAUCUACGCUCGCAUGAUGACAGGAUCGCUAUCAAACUGGCCGAAGUUCUUCGACAGCGCCUACGAGAAUAUCACGCCAGGCGGCUACAUCGAGCUAACAGACGUCACCCUACCCAUCGGCUGUGACGACGGAACCCUAACACCAGACCACGCCCUGCACCAAUGGUCCGAACUUAUUCUUAGUGCAAGCGUAAAGAUCGGCCGUCCUAUAAACAGUGCCAAAAGCUAUAAAGCCCAGAUGGAACAUGCGGGGUUUACUGGUAUACACGAGACUGCUGAUCUUUGGCCAACUAACAAGUGGCCGAAGGAUCCGAACUACAAAGAACUGGGAUUAUGGAACUGCGAAAAUCUCACCCAAGGGCUCUCUGGCCUCUCCAUGGCCCUCUUAACCCGCGUUCAUAACUGGUCUAUGGAAGAAGUUGAAGCUUUUCUGGUCAACGUCAGGAAAGAACUGAAAGAUCCGAAGAUCCAUAGUUAUCUACCCAUGUAA